CCGUACUGACACUUGCAGGGAUCGUCAGCUGAGCGGCGUGUAAACAUCAACACCCCCUCGCCACAAACACCACCGCCACCACCAUGGAGUGCAGGAAAAGGCAGAAAUUCCGGGCUGCUUUCAAUAAAAAGUUCCCCAAGGCAGUGAAACCAGUAAAGGUGAAAGACAGCGCCAUCCUGUGGACUAUGUUGGCUCUGGCACGCCUCUACCUGGCCACUGUGCAGACCGGCUACAUCCACCCUGAUGAGUUCCACCAGUCUGUUCAAGUCAUGGCAAGUGACAUACUCAACAUUGAUGCUCGCAAGCCCUGGGAAUUUCACUCAGAGAAUCCCAUUAGGUCCGUCACUUUCUCCGCUGUGGUUUCUCUGCCUUACUUAGUCCUGAAGUACCUGGCUCCUGUGGUGACCUACUGCUUCGGAUACAAUCUGCUCACCCCAAGCAUCCUCCUGGUCACCCCUCGAAUGUUCAUGACCUUCCUGUCCUUCGUUGCCGACUACAGCGUGUACAGGAUAGCCCAGCUGUGCUACCUCAGGCCCUGGAGCUGUGUGGAAGUGUUUGCCAGCUCCUACAUUAUGCUGGUGUUUGCCACCCGUACCUUCUCCAACACACUGGAACUCAUCCUGAUGGCGCUGCUGCUGUGGCGGGUCUGUGAGUCCAUGGUGGACAGCACUAAGAUUAUCCGUAAGGAGAACAUUCUGCAGGACCUGUAUGAGAGUGCUGAGGCUGUGCAGGACAAGGUGAAGCUGGUCAGGAUGAAGACCAAGCUUCCACCCUACAACUAUGUAGACAGCGCCAUCAUCUCGGUGGUGGUGACGUAUGGCACCUUUGUGCGGCCGACCUUUGUGGUGUUCUCCUUUGUGCCUGUGGCAUAUUGGCUGCAGCGUGGGGUGGUCACCAGGGAGGUGAGCUUCUCCUACUUCAACCUGCGGUUCCUGAGUCUCCUACCUGGGGCAGUGGCCACCUUCCUGACCUGUGUGCUGGCAGACUCCUUCUACUACGGCGCCAUCACUACCACAGAGCUGCUGUUCUGGAACGUAACAGCACGCUCCUUCGUGGUGACGCCCGUCAACUUUGUGCUGUACAAUGCUCAGGGGGACAACCUGGCGGUGCACGGCCUGCACCCAAACUACCUGCACCUGCUGGUGAAUGUGCCCAUGCUGCACGGCGUGCUGGGCCUGCUGGGUCUGUGGUCUGUGUCCAAGUACCUGGUGGCCCUCACCACCGGUGCCAUGACCAAGAAGCCCAAGGUGUUCAGCCUGGCCACCAUGCUGCUGGCCUCCUUCAUCGUGCCAGUGCUGCUGCUGUCACUGGUUCCCCACCAGGAGGCACGCUUCCUGCUGCCCACGCUGCUCCCGCUGGUGCUACUGCACUCUGAUGACGUGCUCAUCUUGACAGGGCGCCGAAUCAAGAUGACCAAGCACUUCUUCUUCCUGUCAUGGCAUGUGUGGAACAUCCUGUGUGUGGCGUUCUUUGGCUUCCUGCACCAGGGCGGCGUCACCAAGACCCUCAUGCAGGUACACCAGCAUGCACUGCAGCGUCCCCCACACAUCAAUUCCCAUGUGCUGUUCUCUGCCAUGUACACGCCACCCACUUUCCUACUGGUGCGGCGCCUCACCGUCACCGCCCAGGCAGAGGACGGCCGACACUAUCGCAUAGAGAAGUCUCUGUUCACAUAUGACACAGGGGGAGCACGGGAGCCAGAGGACCUGCUCCAUCUGGCGGCCAGGGUGCACCGCCAGGCCCAGCUGAACUCCACCAGAGAGGUGGAGGUGCUCAUCUGCCUGCCAGCCAGCCUCUCGGAGGGACUGUUCCUUGCCACGCCAGAAAACGUGACCCUCCAGCGGCUGCAGCGUGUGCGUGGCCACCUCACGCUGGAAGACCCCCCGGACCUCAGCCUGGAGGGCGUGGCCCUGACCAGCAGCUGUGGCAAAGUGUGUCAGCUUGUGCGCCAUCUUGACCAGUUCAGCAUUGACAUCAUCAGUGUCAACUUUGGCCAGAAGGUCACACCUGGGAGGUCAGCACCUCUCCCUGGCCAGCCCUCCAGUGUGGCUCCCCAGGAGUCAUUGCCUGAGGCUGCACUGCAUAACCUGACUGAAGAUGAAGAGGAGGAAGAGGAGGAAGAUCAACAAGGAGAUGAAGACCUCUAGUAGACAGUGUUGCCUUAGCACUCUGGGCACUGAGUGACUGUGCUUGUGGUGUUCCUCUCAGACGAGUCACUGGGUGUGCCCUCAGCUUCAGGGCCAUGCCACACACGAGGGGCAUCCAAAUUAGUGGUACGUGUUGUAUUGAUUGUAUGGCUCAAGGUGAUGAGAACAGCGGCUCACAAACACUUGUGUUGAUGCUUGUUUUGAGUUAGCAAGAAGUGCUUGAUAAAUAUUUAGCAAUGAUGUGAGGCAAACAGUUGAGAGAUUAAGAAGAUGAAAGACUAGUUGCAGAAAGUGUUCAUUUAUGUGUGCUCUUUAUUAUGUAAGCAAACAUUCCUAUUUAGUAGUAGGAGUUAUCUUGUAUAUUCUUUUAUACACAUUCACACUUCCAUACAUUCUCUCAUGUUUUAAGUUGUAUAGCUUCUCAUGAUAACCUUCAAAGUACUUUUUUUCUAUGUUACCACUAUUUUCCUUGUUGCUAAUUCAGUGGUAGAAUUUAUCUUAUAGUCUUUUUAUACAUAUAUUCACACUCUCCAUGCAUAUGCUCUUGUCAGAAGUUGAUGGUCUGUAACUACUUACCAUGAGCUUCAAGGCCACACACCACUGCUUGGGACAAAGGGACAAAGGCAUGAGUGUUGUGUCCAUGCCAGACACAUGCACUGAGACAAGAGAAUCUUCCCCUUCAUACAAGCAUUGCUACAUUGCUGAAAACUGACAUUUUUGAUACUUAGCAAUAUUAGUUUUAUUCUUUGUAUCAGGCUAGCAAUCCCACACUGGAUGUCUCAGAUGAGGCACCACACACAUAUUCACAUAUUACUUGACUGGAGAAAUACCUCUCACUUCACAUAUGCACUGGUGUAGUGUUGAAAACUGACAGGUUCUUGAUUGAAGGAGUGUACAUUCAACAUUUAUUCACAGGACUGUUUCUCUUUUAUACUGUUUACUACUAGCACCUCCAGUCUGAUACAUACUACUUUGUUUGUCCACACAGCCUCAGAUACUCACUCACUCCCAUCUUUUCUUCAUGGGGAUGCUAAAUUACUGACUCCAGAUAUGCUAGUCACAAGUCACUCAAAGGGCUUCUAAGUUCUUAACAUCUUUGAACACCUUGGAACUGUGUGUGUGUGUGUGUGUGUGUGUGUGUGUGUGUGUGUGUGUGUGUGUGUGUGUGUGUGUGUGUUUUAGGUACUUGCGUCCAGUAGUGAGCUGUCGUCAGUGCUCUACAAACCAGUAAUCUAGUCAGUAUUAUGCAGUUAGUUUAAGAUUUCAACACUUGCUUGUGCUUCCUUCCUUCCUGGUGAUGGAAGGAGGGUACCCAAGCUGCUCAUUGGUGAUCAUUUUACUUUAUUAGAGAGAGAGAGAGAGAGAGAGAAUUAAUAUAUUUGAUUAAUGAUGUCUUAAUCAAUAUUAUUUAGGACUUUACAUUUGAGUUACUUGUGUUCACUUGACUGCCAGUAAAGACAUUCCUGUUGUCUGACAAAUUAAGUUGUUCUUUUGUAACUUGUAAUUCAUGAUGCACAAAUCCAAAUGAUGUGUUGAAUAUUGUAAAUUGUGUAUGUAUGUAUGUAGUUUUGUGUGAAAGUUGAGAGAGAGAGAGAUGUAUUGCAGCUGAUGUGGUAGUAUUAUGCUUUGCUGUUUUAAAUAUUUGAUAGCUACUGUGAAUGUCUGUAAAUUUACCAGUCCAUUGAUAUGAAAACUCACUUCUUUUGAAUUAUAAUAAAAAGAAAGAACAUUU